AUGAUUCGUGAUUUAUGUUCAGAUGCUGUGUUCUGUUCGAGUGUCGGGGGCGCGUAUCUUCCCGUGAGUACCACCAUCAGUAGUUUUACAGUGUGUGGCUGGACCGUCCCACUCCCAAACCUGGAUACCGAGGUGUGUGACGCGUCAGGAGGGUUCCUUCUCGUCGUCAGUGACUCUGCCACACAGCUUGUCUUCAGACAGUACGGGAUGAUCAAAAGUUUCCACUGGGAUUUGUGGGUUGGUGCCACUGUGACUCCUGAUGGUACGGCUGUGGACACUGGCGGACAACCACUUUCCUACACCAACUUUGCCGAUGAUUAUCCGAGUAAUCCGGACAUGAAAACGUGUGUCGUGUUAAAUAAGAACUGGAACUAUGAGUGGAAAAACAGACAGAUCUUCGCCGGCGGGGCAGUGUAUGCACUUUGCACAGAUGUGGAAAUUUCUCCUCUUCUGUCACCUACUAGUCCUGUGUCAACCGUAGGGUCAAACCUUUCACCAGAGUCCACCGUAUCCGAUGCUGGUCUGACUGAACAUGGCACGAUGGAACCUGGUCUUGACACAACAGAGCCCACUGGCGCAGGAUGGCGUAGAUUGAACAUAACAGGAGCUGAUCCAGACAUUAGAGGGCCUGAAGGAUCAUCUGACAUAAUCACAACAGUGGCUAACCCGGAAACCAAAGCACAUGUAUCGGAAAUCACAGAUUUGCCGACUUCCACUUCGCCAUCAUCCGUUACGUUUCCUGAGUUCGUCAAUUCAACACCACUACUAACAAAUACAAAAAGAGCUACUACGGUAACCGGUCAGCCGCAGUGGCCAUCUUCACUCAACACCUCCAUAACGACACCCUCUUUACGAUUAUAUUUCAGCACGACGAUAGACUCUACAUACGGACCACUUCCGGUAGCUACUCUCAGUGUAUUAACAUGUAACAACUCAACCAAGAAUGGCACUGAUUAUUGCUGUUGUGUUUGCGCUCCACACCAAAAGAACAUAACAAAUCUGGUGGACCUACUGGACAAGCUAAGACAGACUCUGACGGUCGACAAAGCCUCGCUUUCGUCCACGUAUCGCCAGAAAAACAGUGUGGAGGAUAACCGGAUCACUUCAGUCUGUAUGGGAUGCGUGGCCAUCGUGGUUCUGGUCGUUGUAAUCAUUAUCGUCAUCUUCCUAGACGUGUCGCACUUCCUCUUCCGGGGAUAUCAUGUAAGGGUUAUUCAAAGUGAUUAA